AUGACAAGUGACAGAGAACUGCAACGGGAAUAUCCUUUGCAUUGGGCAGUUUUCCAAAAUGACUACGGAAACUUAAUGGAAUUAUUGAAGGAAACACAGACGGAUGACUUUCUCAACAAACUGGAUGUUAGAGGUCGCACACCCUUGAUGUUAGCAGUUACUCUUGGCCAUAAUGAAUGUGCUCGAGCACUGCUAGAAAAAGGAGCCAGUGCUACUAUACAGAAUGCAGAUAUGUGGUCUCCAAGUCAUGAAGCUAUUUGUACCGGCAAUAGUGAUCUUCUGCAACUAAUCAUUCAAUAUCGAGACUACCAGCGAGCUGUACAUGCAAGAACUGCAAUGGAACGCUUGCUGUCUUUGCUAAAGGAAACAGGCGACUUUUACGCUGAAAUGAGUUGGGAAUUUACUAGUUGGUUACCAUUUGUGAGCAAAAUGUCUCCUUCUGACACUUAUAAGAUUUAUAAACGGGGUUCUAAUGUCCGCAUUGAUACAACGUUGGUUGGUUUCAAUACAUCCUCUGUUUGGGAACGAGGCAAUCAGUCAUUUAUAUUUCGUUUCUCUGAAAUUAAUCAACCACAGUUUAUUGUUCUAGAUCAUUGCUUAAGAACGGUAACCGUUCAUACUAUGGGUUCACAGUCUACUAAUGAUGUUAGUGAUUUUGUUCCAACAGAAGAAGCUAUUCAAUCUCGAAUGACGUCGCCAGUGGAAACCACUUUUGUUGAUGUUGAAAAAAUUGGAUUUGAAAGAUCGAAAGGUGGUGGUCUUCUGUCGUGGUUGACUUCAUCAGACCGAACUGAAGAAGUCGAUGGCUAUGAGUGUAAAGUUUUCAAUGCAAGCAAUGUUGAAAUAGUCACAAAAACUCGGACAGAACAUUUGCUUGAAGAAGAUAAAGAAAGGCUAGUUUCGAAGUUAGUCAUAUGUAGAUUUCGACGUGAAGAGCGUGAAAAUCCAUUGCAAAGGGUUUUGAAGUUGGUGGAGAAAUACCAGGAAUGCACUGAUGAAAUAAAACAAACAGGACAAGAUGUUUAUUGUGGAUUAACACCACAACAGUAUUUAGAUAAAAAUUAUUCGAUGAACAAUCGGGAUAUCGGACGAUCAAAACAGGUUUCGAAAAAGUUCAACUCAUUCAGUGCUACCUUGUGGCUUUGUGAACGUUAUCCUCUUAAUUUACAGGAUCAAGUGUUACCAAUAAUUGAUCUGAUGGCUGUGAGUAAUACUCACUUUGCUCGUUUGAAAAACUUUAUCCAGCUGCAAUUGCCAACUGGUUUUCCUGUAAAAAUUGAAAUUCCACUGUUCCAUGUUGUCAGUGCGCGAAUCACAUUUUCAGCCAUUAAUCGACCAGGACCUUAUGUAUUUUAUAACGCUUCGUCAAAUGAGAUAGAAGUUGAUCUAGCGGCAUUCGAAAUUCCGCUGCAUUACCGUUUGUUAGGCAACGAUGAUUGUGGUUUGUAUAUAAAUGGAAAUACAUCUGUUCAUGAAACAAGAUCUCAUGGCAGCACUUUAACUAGAUACAUUCCGGAAGAUGAACUCUAUCUACAGUUUGCAUUGGAGCAAAGUAUGAAGGAGGCAACAGGCUUUCCUUCAAGUGAUGACACUGACGUUAUGGCAUCUGCCAAUAGCAAUGUCGACAUGCAUGGAGAUCGAGAUCUAGCUUAUGCAAUAAGAGAAAGCUUGCGAACUCUAGAGAUGGAACAAGUGAUGAGAGUAGGUUUUUCGGCAACCAGUAACGCAGUAUCUUCGAAUUACAAUGACUUGGAUGAUGAUCUUCAACUUGCUUUACGUUUGUCUGAAAAAGAAGAAGAGGAAAGGCUUAAAGCUAAUAAAAAGCAAGAAGAAGAACUGGAACGCAUUUUAAAAUUGUCUUUGACUGACAAGUGA